AUGGGAAAAACGCAUAUAUGGGAAAAACGCAUAUAUGGGAAAAACGCAUAUAUGGGAAAAACGCACAUAUGGGAAAAGCGCACAUAUGGGAAAAGCGCACAUAUGGGAAAAGCGCACAUAUGGGAAAAGCGCACAUAUGGUAAAAGCGCACAUAUGGGAAAAGCGCACAUAUGGGAAAAACGCACAUAUGGGAAAAACGCACAUAUGGGAAAAACGCACGUAUGGGAAAAACGCACAUAUGGGAAAAACGCAAAUAUGGGAAAAACGCAAAUAUGGGAAAAACGCAAAUAUGGGGAAAAACGCAAAUAUGGGAAAAACGCAAAUAUUGGAAAAAUGCAAAUAUGGGAAAAACGCAAAUAUGGGAAAAACGCAAAUAUGGGAAAAACGCAAAUAUGGGAAAAACGCAAAUAUGGGAAAAACGAAAAUAUGGGAAAAACGCAAAUGUAG